AUGGUUAAUCUCGGUCUUCUCUCUGCAGCUGCUCUCGCGGUAACGGGCGCCUUCGCAAGCCCAGCGAAGCGCACCUGCGAUAAUAUCCACGUCCGUCGCAAUUGGAACAACCUCAACGGAGAUGAGAAGUCUAGUUUCCUUGGUGCUAUUCAGUGUAUGAUGCAGAAACCAACGUUAUCAAUCAACGGCGUCGAUCAAGUCUCAAGAUACGAAGACUUCGUCUAUAUUCACCAGUACCCAGGCUAUGCUAUCCAUUGGGUCGGUAGAUUUCUCCCAUGGCACCGUUGGUUCGUGUAUGCGUACCACCAAGAGUUGAAAGACUGUGGCUACGAGGGUGCAAUGCCUUAUUGGGCCUGGGAGCAAGACUGGCAAGACCUUAGUGCUUCAAACAUAUGGAACGCUGAUCCUAACAUUGGCUUUGGUACUUACGGUAACUUCGAUUACAAUAACGUUUACAAUUCUACUACUAUCACCGACGGUGCUUUUGCCAACCACCAAAUAAAUUUCCCCUACCCUCACCAGCUCACUAGAAAUCUCCCGAUGACAGCAAACUACCCAUGGUCAGGACCAGGCCCAUACUGUCAGCGUGGCUAUAACCCAGAGAACAUGAGAAACCUUUCUUCUAUCGCAACAUACAAGGACUUCUCUGUAGCACUCGAAUCACCUGAUCCAAUUCACAACCCACACGACUUCCCUGGUCCACACGGUGCCAUUCAUUUAGCACUCUGGGGUGAUAUGAGAACUGACGGCGUAAACAACUCUUCACCUAACGAUCCAUUGUUCUUCAUGCACCACUCAAACGUUGAUAGAAUCUGGAAGAGCUGGCAAGAACUUGAUGAGAGUCACCUGUAUGACUUUGCUGGUAACACUGACUAUUACUGGGACACUGGUAUGAGAAGUGGUAUUCCGGCUCAGCUUGAAGACCCAUUGUUGUACGGCGGUGUAGGUGCUCUUGGCUCUGAAAAUUUAAAGAUCAAGGACGUUAUGGACACGACCGAGUGGCCUCUCUGCUACACAUACGAGGAUCUAGAACCUUGGGUUGUUAGAUAA